AUGGGCCCCUGUACCGCCUCCUCAUGCUGCUGCCAGGCCCGUAAUCUGCCAUGGGCCCCCGUACCGACUCCUCAUGCUGCUGCCAGGCCCAUAAUCUGUCAUGGGCCCCUGUACCGCCUCCUCAUGCUGCUGCCAGGUCCAGAGUGUGUCAUGGGUCCCUGUACGGCCUCCCAUUGCUGCUGUCUCCAUCGCCACACUCUGCCAUGUGCCACUUUCAGGUCUCCUCACACUGCUGGUGGGUUCCAUUUUGUCAUAGGGGGCUGUUAUGGCCUCCCAUUGCUGCUGCCUCCAACGCCACACUGUGGGCUCCACACUCUGGUUUUGGCCCCGUGAUAUGCCGCCCAAAUGAGUGAAGUGUGCGGUGAAUUCUAAGAUCGACGGCACUCAUCUGCAUGUCAUACUGACUGACAGUAUUAUUUCUCUUCCCCAGCAGACUCCAAGGGCAUUUAAAUUAAAGGUACAGUGUUCUGCACUAAUAUAA